AUGGACCACCACCCAAGCACUCCGACCCGACCACCCGACUAUGCUCUGCCGGGAUACGAUGAUGACGAAAUUCCUAGCCAUGGCGCCGCUGUAAGGCUUUUGACCAGCAUGGAUGAUCCCCUUGACCAUAGACACGUCCAAUACGAGCCAUCUGACCUCAACGGCUCCCCGCGCCCCGGAACCCCUUCGUCGAGAACUUCCGCCGCGUUCGCUGAUGACGCCACCGUAUCCAUCCCUCUCGAUGAUCACGAUGACGAUGUCUUUGGUCCUGAGACAGACUACGUCGAGUCGCGGCACCCGGAUCGGGAUUCUUACGGGAUGCGCUCCGAAGUUACUCUCGGCGAGAUGGAUCACGAAGAUGAUGAGUACGACGAGAAGAUGGGACAUUAUGGACCAGCUCCAGAGGGAGAGCAGGAACGCCGAGGUGUCAGGGCACCUCAAACAUCGAGGAAGGAGGUUCAACUUAUCAACGGCGAGCUCGUACUUGAGUGCAAGAUCCCUACCAUUCUUUACAGCUUUCUUCCCCGGCGUGAUGAGAUUGAGUUUACUCAUAUGAGAUAUACUGCCGUUACGUGCGAUCCCGACGACUUUGUUGAGCGCGGAUAUAAGCUUAGGCAGAAUAUCGGCCGUACUACCCGCGAAACGGAGGUUUUCAUCUGUAUCACCAUGUACAACGAGGACGAGUUCGGCUUCACGCGUACAAUGCAUGCCGUCAUGAAGAACAUUGCGCAUUUCUGCAGCCGCUCGAAAUCGAGGACUUGGGGCGAGAACGGGUGGCAGAAGAUUGUCGUCUGCAUUGUGUCAGACGGCCGAGAAAAGAUUCAUCCGCGCACGCUUGACUGUCUGGCUGCCAUGGGCGUGUACCAGCAUGGAAUCGCCAAGAACUACGUCAACCAGAAGGCCGUACAAGCCCACGUUUACGAGUACACAACGCAGGUUUCGCUCGACUCUGACCUCAAGUUCAAGGGCGCGGAGAAGGGUAUCGUUCCAUGCCAGAUGAUCUUUUGCCUCAAGGAAAAGAACCAGAGGAAACUCAACUCGCAUCGGUGGUUUUUCAACGCCUUUGGAAAGGCGCUUAAUCCUAAUGUUUGCAUUCUUCUCGAUGUCGGAACUCGACCUGGCACCAACUCUUUGUAUCACCUUUGGAAGGCUUUCGAUACCGAUUCCAACGUCGCCGGCGCAUGCGGCGAGAUCAAGGCAAUGAAGGGGCGGUUUGGUGGCAACCUGCUCAACCCCUAUGCCUAUCGAUACCAUGCACUGCAAAACGAUGAGACGGGCCAUGGCCCACUUAGCCAGUACUUUAAGGGCGAAACCCUUCACGGGCAACAUGCUGAUGUCUUCACGGCUAACAUGUACCUGGCCGAGGAUCGAAUUCUCUGCUGGGAGUUAGUCGCUAAGCGGCAGGAGCGGUGGGUGUUGAGAUAUGUCAAGAGCUGCACAGGCGAAACGGAUGUGCCCGAUACGGUACCGGAGUUCAUCUCCCAACGUCGACGAUGGCUAAACGGUGCCUUCUUCGCCGCGGUGUAUUCGCUGGUGCACUUCAGACAGAUUUGGGGCACCGAUCACACGAUAGCGCGGAAAAUCUUACUCCACGUUGAAUUCAUCUACCAGUUUCUGCAGCUUAUCUUCACCUUCUUCUCGCUAGCCAAUUUCUACCUUGCCUUCUAUUUCAUCGCUGGUGGCCUCGCUGAUCCGGUAGUGGACCCUUUUGGACAUGGGAUCGCAAAGUAUAUUUACACAAUCCUGCGCUAUGUCUGCGUCCUUCUCAUUGCAACGCAGUUUAUUCUCUCGCUUGGCAAUCGGCCGCAGGGCGCGAAGAAACUGUAUCUGUCGAGUAUGAUUAUAUACUGCGUCAUCAUGGUGUAUACAACCUUUGGCUGCAUCUACAUCAUCAUUCGUCAGCUCACUAGGAAGGAGACUGGCCCUGAUGGCGAAGAGAUAGGACUCCAGCUCGGGAGCAACGUCUUCACCAAUCUCGUUGUUUCCAUCGCCUCGACCAUGGGACUCUACUUCCUCAUGUCGUUCCUUUACCUCGACCCCUGGCACAUGUUCACCUCAUCCGGAUACGACGAAGCCCUCCGCAAUCUCCGCGACCGACUUGAGGUUGCGCAGACUCCCAUCUCUGAAGCGCAGCUCCAGGAAGACUACUAUAAGAGCGUACGGACAUACAUGGUUGUUACGUGGAUGGUUGCCAACGCCAUCCUCGCUAUGGCUGUAUCAGAGGCGUACUCGGGCCACACUCUCGGAGACAACUUCUACGUCCGUCUUCUUCUAUGGAGCGUGGCAAGCUUGGCGCUUUUCAGGGCAUUGGGCAGUACAACCUUUGCCAUCAUCAACGCAAUCAACACUAUCGUGGAAGGUAGAGUGAGGAUGAGCCUGAAAGUACCGGAGCAGUAG